AUGUCUCGCUCGCGAAGCGCUUCCUUCUCAGACGAUGAUCUGAUGAUUGUCAGCUCGCAAGCCAUGAGCUCGCAGGGCUAUGGGUCGCAGGGCUAUGGCUCGCAGGACUAUCCUUCCCAAGAGCUGGGCGGCGAUCUGAUGUCGUCGCCUCUGCAGCCCAUCCGGGCACCGAACGAUGUUAUCGACAUCACGAGCAGCCCUGUGGCGCCGGCGCUGUCGCCGAGCAAGGCAAGCAACUCUACUGCGCAGACAACACGGCAGCCAGUGUUUGGCCGACCGACACAGAUGUCAACGCCGACCUCGUCUUCCUCCAAGCCGAUCAUGUCAUCGUCGGCGGCUGCCGCUGCAGCUCUGGUCCAGCGCCGCCAGAACGCGCUCUUCAACGCCAACCAGAAGCGCCCAGAACACCACCGACCGCAUCGUCUUACUGGGCCGCUGGCACCGAAGCAGCCGGACCGCAAGGCUGCGCCACGGCCCGUGUUCAGCUCCAUGGCCUCGACCCAGGACAAUGGUGGCACGUCCUACCCUGUCAGCUCCUUUUACAACAAUACCGCUACGAACAAGACAAUUGUCAAACAGAGCAUACCGGCAUCGAUGCAUGCCGAUGUGGAUUUUUAUACUGACCCUGACAAGGCCACGGCCGACCUGAAAGCCCUCCUCGAGGGUGGCAUGGAGGACGACGAGGACGACGAGGAAGAGGUGCCGGCGGCCGCUGCGCCGCCGGAAGAAAUUGCCAAAAUCACAGCGAUAACGGCGGCGCCGGAAAAGGCAAAGGAGGCGCCCGAGAAAAAAAAGGACAAGCAGGAGCCCGAAGGGUACGAUGACGGCACAGUGGACGGCAUCAAGGUGAAGCUGCUUCCGCACCAAGUGGAAGGCGUCAAGUGGAUGCGCGGCCGAGAGCUGGGCCCCGUCAAGCGUGGUCGCGUGCCCAAGGGCGGUAUUUUGGCCGAUGACAUGGGUCUCGGCAAGACACUGCAGGCCAUUUCGCUGAUAUUGACGAAUCCCAAGCCUACAAAGGACAUGCCGGGCUGGAAGAAGCACUACGAGAAAAUUACCGGCGGCACACUGGUCGUCGCGCCGCUUGCUCUGAUCCGGCAAUGGGAGGCCGAGAUCAAAGAGAAGGUGUCCCGCGACCCGCCGUUGAGGGUCUGUGUGCAUCACGGACCCCAAAGAACGGUCCGUCCUCAAGACCUGGCCAAAUUCGAUGUUGUCAUCACAACGUAUCAGAUUCUGGUCUCUGAGCACGGCCACAGCAGCAGCGCCCUCCAGAGCGGCUGCUUCGGUCUCCACUGGUACCGUAUCAUCCUCGACGAAGCGCACAGCAUCAAGAAUCGCAACGCCAAGAUGACCAAGGCCUGCUGUGCCAUGCCGGCCGAGUUUCGCUGGUGCUUGACGGGCACGCCCAUGCAAAACAACCUCGACGAGCUGCAGAGCCUGGUCAACUUCCUUCGCAUCACACCCUACGACAACCUCACCGAGUGGCGCAAUCACAUUGAUGUGCCUCUCAAAAACGGCCGCGGCUAUCUUGCCAUCCGGCGCCUGCACAGUCUCCUUCGGUGCUUUAUGAAGCGGCGCACAAAGGACAUCCUCAAGGAGGAGGGUGCCUUGGUGCCCGGCGGCAAGAAGGCCAUCGAUGCCGCUGCUGCUGCUGCUGCUGCUGCUGCUGCUGCAGAAGAAAAGGUUCUCAAGAAUGGCACACAGACACCUGGUACAAGUGACACGUCAACGUCCACCCCGGGUGCUGCCAAAGUUCCCGCCACCCCCAGCUUCAAGAUCACGGAGCGCAAUGUGGUCAGCGUCUUGGCCGAAUUCUCGCCGUCGGAGCGCGCCUUUUACGAUCGGCUGGAGGAGCGCGCGGACAAGAGUCUUGAGAAAAUGAUGCAGGGCAAGUCCAUGAGCUACGCGAACGCUCUCGUCCUGCUACUCCGCCUGCGGCAGGCAUGCAACCACCCUGACCUGCUCACAUUCAAGUUGGAGAAGGACAAGGAUGCCAUGUCCACCGACUCCAUGCCUGCGUCACAAAAGUCUGCUACUACCGACAGCGACAUCGAUGCGCUCGCCGAUGUUUUUGGCGGCCUCGGCAUCCAAGCAAAGAAGUGCGAGGUGUGCAUGACGGACCUGACCAAGGACGAGCAGCGGGACUGCGAAGCGGCUGGCGACGGCAUGGUGUGCGCAAAAUGCAUUGAGGACCGCGACAUUAUUUCUGGCAAACCGAGAACGAAGAAGGAGAAGAAAGACAGGAAGUCGAAGAAGCAUCGCAAAGACAAGAAGAGCAACAAGGACAAGAGCCAAAGGCACAAGGCGAAGAUAGAGGUGGCAACUGCUGCCGACGUCGACGAUGACAACAGCAUUCUUCCCGCGUCACGGAAAGCAGCCCCACGGAAGCCGCGAAACCGCCGUGCCAUUGUCGACAGCGACGACGAAGAGGAGGAGGACGGCAGCUGGCUUGUGGGAGAAGAAGAACGCGGGGCCCUGCGUCUGGGCAAGGCCGGGGGCGAGGAGGACGAGAACGCCGAGGGCGGCGGCGACUGGAUCAACAGCGACGACUCCAUCCACGAGUCGGAAGACGAGGACAAGGAUGCAAGCCGUAUGGGCAGCUUCAUCGAAGACGACGAAAUGGAAGACGACACAGCUGCCAGCAAGGGCCAAAAGAAACACGCCAAAAAGAAGAUCCUCCGCGUCGGCGGCCAGGACUGGGACAGCGACGAAAGCGACGAAGACUUUGAGUCGUUUGCGCAGUCCGCCGGCAGUGAUACCGAGUCGGUGGACGAAUCGGGUGACGAAUCGGGUGAUGACUUGGGAGAUGGCUCAGAGUCGGAGUCUGGUUCUGAUGAAUCGCUGGGCGGCGAAAACGAGGAAGACUCGUUCAUCUCCACGUCGGAGCUGCUGUCCAAUGUCGAUGACGAGUCGCUUCUUGGAAGACGGCCGGCGCCUUCACGCAAGACAAAAUCCGGCCUCGGCUCUUCGUCCCAUUCCGACACAGUGCUUAUCUCGGCCAAGAUCCGCAAGAUGCUGUCGAUUCUCAAGAAGGAGGCGGGCGAACACAAGUUUAUCGUCUUCUCGCAAUUCACGUCCAUGCUCAGCCUCGUGAGCCCCUUCUUGGUGCGCGCCGGCCUCGGCCACGUCCGCUACGAGGGCAGCAUGCGCAACGACGCCCGCGAGGCCAGCCUCAACAGUCUGCGCCACGACCCCAACGUGCGCGUCCUCCUCUGCAGUCUCAAGUGCGGCGCCCUCGGCCUCAACCUGACGGCCGCCACGCGCGUCAUCAUCCUCGAGCCGUUCUGGAACCCCUUUGUCGAGGAACAGGCCAUUGACCGCGUGCACCGUUUGACACAGACCGUCGACGUCACCGUCUACAAGCUGACCGUCGAAAACACGGUCGAGGAGCGCAUCUUGGCCCUGCAGGACAAGAAGCGGCUGCUGGCGGCCCAGGCGCUCGAGGCUGGCACGGUGGGUGGCAAGGGCAAGAAGGAUGCCCUCAAGCUGGGCCUCAAAGAGCUCAUGGACCUCUUCAAGCACGAUUCUCGCGGUCCGCCCGGCAUGUCCAAUGGCGGCCACGAUGGCGGCCCGGGCAGUGUAGAAGCCGCUUUCGUCGACCAGUUUGCGGCCAUGGGUUCGGGUCUGCUACGGCGCCGCGAGGGUGGCAACGGCGGGUCUAGAGCUGGCGGCGGGGCGUCACAAGACUCGGCAUACAGCCGGCGGUGGUAG